UAAUAUAUAAUAAAAAGGAAUAGAUGAAAGGCCUCCUAUUUCAGUACUGCUUUUCUGGAAAUUAAGAGCUUCGCCAUGCAUACCUUUUUGCCUCUGAUAGGUGUCCUGUGCAUUUUACAUGCAAAUAGUUUUGUCUGGGCUGGCAAGAGAAGUUUUUCAGAGCAAGGGCUCCGCAGGGUAACAAGAGAACCUGGCGCUCCUCCUCCCAUCGAUUGUUUGCUGAGCCAAUGGAGUGAAUGGGGACCAUGUAAUCCAUGCGGAAAAGAAAGGUAUCGCUCUAGAAGUGUCCUGCAAUAUGGACAGUUUGGAGGGAACCUAUGCUCCAAAUCUCUGGGAGAGAAUCAGCGCUGUGAAACAGACCAAGUUUGCCCUGAAGAAGAAAUUGACUGUGGGAAUGACUUCAGAUGUGAAAAUGGACUCUGCAUCAAACAAAGAUUGGUGUGUAAUACAGAAGAUGACUGUGGAGAUUUCUCUGAUGAAGAUAACUGUGAUGAUGCCCAACUCCGCCCACCUUGUCGUGAUCGUGUAAUUGAUGUAUCUGAAAUUGGAAGAAAAGCUGGCCGUGGAAUCAACGUUCUAGGAAUGCAACCAAAGGACACCCCAUUUUACAAUGAAUUUUAUAAUGGUCUCUGCAACCGGGAACGUGAUGGGAAUACAGGCACUUAUUAUCGUAAGCCGUGGAAUGUUGCAGUUCUCAAUUAUGAAACAAAAGGAGACAAAAGUUUCUCAUCUGAGCAGUAUGAAAACCACGUGACUGCAGUGAGAGAGAUGUAUACAGAGAAAAGACAGCAUUUUCAAUCUAGUUUUUCUCUGAAAAUCAAACCUACGGAGGUUUCGGGUAACUCAUCAAUAGAAUUCAAUAGUGGUCGAAGUGGUUCCAGAAACAUGAGCAUCAAUCAAUUACUGAAAGAGUCCAAUGGAAAGGAGCAAACCUUUCUCCACAUGAAAGGAAUGAUAGAACUGGGAAAUUUCCAAAUGCGAAGCCGUGAUGUCCGGCUGUCUGACACAUUCCUUGAGGAUUUAAAAUAUCUGCCUAGUGACUAUGACAUGGGAGAAUAUUUUAAAUUUCUGGAAAUGCACGGGACUCAUUAUGCACGAAAGGGAACGGUCGGAGGAAAGUAUGAACUACUGUAUGUGUUGGACAACCAGAAUAUGAGAAAGGAAGAAGUCUCUGUAGGAGAUGUCAAAGCCUGCCUGGGAUAUAAUGACAAUCUUGGUUUUAAAUUACAAGGUGUAGGUUUAGAUUUGCAUUGGGAUAAUAAAGGUGGUGAAUGUUCAACAGAUAAAUUGAGAAAAGUGGACAACUCGACUGGAAGUGCCGUAAUCCACGGUGUGAUUUCUCGAGUUCAAGGAGGGACGAGUGUUGUUUUGGCAAAACUGGAGGAAAAGUUAUCAAGAGGCUCCAAAAUGGUUGAUGUGGAGGACUAUGUUCAGUGGGCCGCUACCCUUCCUGAUGCUCCAGCUGUCAUAGAAAGUGAACCAUAUCCAAUCUCUGCUCUUGUCCCUGUGAAGAUGCACGAUUCCUACAUAAAGAAACAAAAUCUGGACCGAGCUGUGGAGGACUAUAUUGCUGAAUACAGUGUGUGCAAAUGCCAGCCCUGCCAAAAUGGAGGGACUGUAGUACUGGUGAAUGGAGAGUGCAUUUGUGGGUGCACUUCCUAUUUCAAAGGAGUAGCCUGCCAGAUACCCAAAUCAAGUUUUGAACCAGCCCAGGUAGCCACUGAUGGAAGCUGGAGCUGCUGGUCCACCUGGUCCACGUGUACACAAGGAGAACGCACUCGGACACGACAAUGUAACAAUCCUGCACCUGGAUCAGGGGGCAAACCAUGUGCAGGUGCUGCCUUAGAAACAGGCUCCUGCCAGGAGUAAUUGGUCAAUAACAGGUGUCUGAUUAGAUAGAGGAUACGGCCUGAACACCAUGCAGAUCUACACAUCAAACUGCCGGCUCUCAAAGAGAUUUGAAAGAUAAAUCAGAUGCUUCCUGAAUUGUAGCACUUCAGUUAUUGUUAACACAAACAUGCAAACCGGAACUGAAAAUAAAUUUAAGGUGGUAACUUU